AUGUACGCCAAGACUCUCCUCGUUGCUUUGUUCGCGGCCUCAACCGCAUCCGCUGCCGCUGUUGGCGCUCGCCAGAACCAGAAUGGCAAUAACGGCGCCAAUGCGGGCCCCGACUUUGGGCUUUGCAACCCCAGCAUCGACUUCGUCCUCGGUCGCCCCGGUCGUCAGGCGGAUGAGGGAACUUUCUUGCCUGUCGAUCCUCUUGUGGCUGAAGGCCAGCAGGAGGCGCUGAACCCGAACAUCAUCACCAAUAGGGUCUGCGAUCAGCUCACCAACGUUUGCGAGGCAAAUGAUGCGGCCAAAGCUUUGUGUGAGCAGGCGAAAGCCCAAGUUCAGGCUUUGGGAACCAAGGAUGCGACAACCGCGGAUGCAUUCAACUCUGCUCUGGGAUUCUAA